AUGCGCGCCUUCACGACCCUCGCCGCGGCCUCGGCCCUCGCUCUGGAAGCGUCAGCCAUGGAGUACACGACGUUCGGCAACGGGUUCUAUUCGGGCCCGACAACGGUCGACGACGUGUACAUCACGAAAGUGACGUACAGCACGGUGCCGCCGGCGACGCCGUGCGGCGCGCACACGGGCACCCCGCAGGAGGAGCUGAGCUUCUGGUGCGGGGUGCAGCCGCGCGGCGACGACGUCGAGAACCUGGCCCUCAUCCAGCCCAUCUUCAACUGGGCGCCGAACCAGGAGCUCACGGGCUGCAAGGGCGCCACUGCCGACCAGUGGUGCGUCACGGCUAGCUCGUACUCGCCCGAGGGCCAGAACGGGCAGGCCUACGUCCCUGUGCCGCAGGGCGCCAAGGUCGACUUUGAGAUCUCGAUCAACGCCACCACCUCCAUGAUCGACCAAUACGUCUACAUCGACGGCGCCCUCGUCUCCUACCAAGCCGACAACAAGGGCGUCCAGCCCGUCGAGUUCUACGCCGAGAACGAGUGCGUCGGUGGCUACGAGUGCGGCACCCUGGCCGGCUAUGCCUGGACCGACGUGACGGUGCACCUGUCGGGCGCGGACCCGGCCUACCCGUUCACGUUCAACGGCGCGACGUCUUCGGGCGCCAAGACCAGCGAUGGCGGCAAGACGUGGACGGUCAAGGAGAUCAAGGUCGCCAAGGACUAUUUCUAUGAGGGCGGCGAGAGGAAGGAGUGUCAGGCUUAG